GCAGAGAAAGAAAAUUACAUCGGGAACCAUGCAGCCGGCAAUGAUGAUGUUUUCCAGUAAAUACUGGGCGAGGAGAGGGUUGUCCCUGGAUUCAGCGGUACCCGAAGAGCAUCAGCUACUUGGCAGCUUAACACUAAAUAAAGCUAACUCUGGCAAAAAUGAUGAUAAAAAAGGCAACAAGGGAAGCAGCAAAAGUGAAACUGCUACUGAAAGUGGCAAGACGGCGGUUGUAUUCUCUUUGAAAAACGAAGUCGGUGGAUUGGUCAAAGUGCUGAAACUCUUUCAGGAAAAACACGUCAACAUGGUUCACAUCGAGUCCAGGAGAUCCCGGCGAAGAGGUUCAGAGGUGGAGAUCUUUGUGGACUGUGAGUGUGGCAAAACAGAAUUCAAUGAGCUCAUUCAAUUGCUGAAAUUUCAAACUACGAUCGUGACGUUGAAUCCACCGGAGAACAUUUGGACAGAGGAAGGAGAGCUAGAGGAUGUGCCCUGGUUCCCCCGGAAGAUCUCUGAAUUAGACAAAUGCUCUCACAGAGUUCUCAUGUAUGGUUCUGAGCUUGAUGCCGAUCACCCAGGAUUUAAGGACAAUGUCUAUCGACAGAGAAGAAAGUAUUUUGUGGAUGUGGCCAUGAGUUAUAAAUACGGUCAGCCCAUCCCCAGGGUGGAGUACACAGAGGAAGAAACUAAAACUUGGGGCGUUGUAUUCCGGGAGCUCUCCAAGCUCUAUCCCACGCACGCUUGCCGGGAAUAUUUGAAAAACUUCCCUCUGCUGACUAAAUACUGUGGCUACAGGGAGGACAAUGUACCUCAACUCGAAGAUGUCUCUGUGUUUCUGAAAGAAAGAUCUGGCUUCACGGUGAGGCCAGUGGCUGGAUACCUGAGUCCGCGAGACUUUCUGGCAGGACUGGCUUACAGGGUGUUCCAUUGCACCCAGUACGUCCGGCAUGGCUCGGACCCCCUCUAUACCCCGGAACCAGACACGUGUCACGAACUCCUGGGACAUGUUCCACUACUGGCAGAUCCCAAGUUUGCUCAAUUUUCACAAGAAAUAGGCCUGGCAUCUCUGGGAGCAUCAGAUGAAGAUGUUCAGAAACUAGCCACGUGCUAUUUCUUCACAAUUGAGUUUGGCCUUUGCAAGCAAGAAGGGCAACUGCGGGCAUAUGGAGCAGGACUACUUUCUUCCAUUGGAGAGUUGCAGCACGCUCUUUCUGACAAGGCGUGUGUGAAAGCCUUUGACCCGAAGACAACUUGCUUACAGGAGUGCCUUAUCACCACCUUCCAGGAAGCCUACUUUGUUUCAGAAAGUUUUGAAGAAGCUAAAGAAAAAAUGAGGGACUUUGCAAAGUCCAUUACCCGUCCCUUCUCAGUGUACUUCAAUCCCUACACACAGAGCAUUGAAAUUCUGAAAGACACCAGAAGUAUUGAAAACGUGGUGCAGGAUCUCCGUAGCGAUCUGAACACAGUGUGUGAUGCCUUGAACAAAAUGAACCAGUAUCUGGGGAUUUGA